UGUUGCUGCUACUACGUACAAUGUUUUCCUUAUACUAGGAAUCUUAAAAGACCAAGAGUGAAGCUUCUACCUUGCUAGGUGUAUCCUCUGUGCCUCUGACAGAAUGGGAAGUCAGGUUGCUGCCUGAACCACUGGAUGGGGUAUCAAUGGAAUAAUAACAAUGACUGCUAUUUCUAGGGAGCUUUAAGAUUUGUGAAGUGUCUUUAUAUAUAAAAUGUGUGUCUACAAUCUCAUUUAAUUUUGUAUGUAUGAGAUUAGAGAUCCAUUGAAUUACUGAGUUAUUCAUUCAUUUGUUUGUUUGAUCUUCCCCUGUCAUCCAUGGUGGUUAUACUGCAGCUACUUUAGGGCUAGUCUCACAGCUGAUUGGCCUCUUCCAUUUCUGACCUCAGCUGGUCGUAAAGAUGAUCCCUGCUUAGACAGACUGGUGCCUCCCCCCCCCAUAUUGAUAGCAGUCUUAGUAGGGACACCCCAUCUGCUUUAGCUCUACUGAAGCUCAGAAUUCCUAAGCUCAAGUGAUUCCCAGCUUCAGCUCUAAAUCUUUGGUCCUAUGACAAAAUGGCCAAGCUAUAAUGUCCUUUCUACUGAACCUAGCUGGAGUUAUUCUAUAUUUCUAUAAAUUUAAGUCUUCAUUUCCAACAGUAGUCUGUAAAGGGAAUGUCUUCUCAAAAUACUUUAGAAAUUCUAUAACUUUGUAUGCAAACCUAUUGGCAGUGCAUAUGACAUAUAUUUAGGGUCAUAAAUUAUGAUGAAGUGGAUACAAUCUCUGGCCAUAUUUAAACCAUAAAAGAAGGAAGUUUUAUAGGAGAAACAGUUUGGUGUAGUGGAACCAGCUGGAGGAUUGGAGGCAGGUGGAUAUGGGCUCAAAUCUUGGCUCUGAUACUCAUGCUUGUUAAUUGUGUGACAGGGGCAAGUCAAAUUACUUAACCUCUUAACCAGCUUCAGGCUAAUCUGUAAAAUGAGAGGAUUUCACUAGGUAACCCUAAAGUCCCUUUUAGCUUUAAAUCCUAGGAAUCCAUUAAACAGGAGGACACUAAAUACCCCCAUCCCAAGAUUAUCUGCCAUAACACCCAAUAUGACUUAAUUGCAAAAUCACACUGCCUUGGCUUUCAUCCACCAUAAAAUCCAUUAAAAUCACCUUAGGUUUAGUAGCAUUUUCGGAGCAUUAAAGUUUCCCCUCAUCGCAUGUUAUUGGGGUAAAGCAUUUAUCAAGGGCAAGUCACAUUUAAAAGCAAAUGUGAAAGUGUCUGGCAAAUAUUCAAAUGAAUUCAAGUGCCUAGAUUGGAAUUUCAUUUGUUUUGGUUUUCCCUGGGAAGUUUAAGAAUUUCUCUUCUAUCUACCAAGGAAUGAUUAAUUUAGAGUAGGGGUGUCAGGGGAGGUAGAUGGAUGUAGCAUUCAUUAUACACUCAGUCCUUUCCAGACACGAGAAAAUUCCUUUCUUGAUAUCGACUGGGGGGGGGGGAGCGGGCGGCGGCGAACAGACAAAUAUAAAAACCUGUGUCUCUGGCCUCACUCAAAUACCGGGAUGGGAUGGACCUAUCCUUUGGCUUUCUCCCAUCAUGGGUACUGUGAGUUUUUCCGAAAGAGCUUCUCUGUGGAACACCUCACUUCAAGAUCUUCCUCCUAGCAGCCCCUCCCUUGCAGCUCUGCACUGCAGUGUCAGCAUCCUGAAGCCCUGAGCCAAAGGCUGGGUGUGGGAAUUGAACUCGCGACCUCCCUUCCCGGAGGUGAUCCUCUCUGGAAUCAUAGGACUAACAACAUGGAAAAGACCGAUGAUACUUUUGGUGAACCUUUUUGUCUUACUGUCUGUGGUCUGCGUCCUGUUGAACCUUGCCGGAUUUAUCCUAGGCUGUCAGGGGGCCCAGUUUGUGUCCAGUGUACCCAGGUGUGAUCUGGUGGAUCUAGGGGAAGGCAAGAUUUGCUUCUGCUGUGAAGAAUUUCAACCUACCAAAUGUACAGACAAAGAAAACGUGUUGAAACUCUUCCCAGUCCAGCCAUGUAGUGCUGUUCACCUUCUAUUAAAGAAAGUCCUCUUCGCCCUGUGUGCCCUGAAUGCCCUUACCACGACGGUUUGCUUGGUGGCAGCUGCCCUGCGUUACCUACAGAUAUUUGCCACCCGAAGACCCUGCAUAGACGAAUCCCAGAUUUCUACAGAAGAAAUAGAAGGACAUGGACGCAUUCCAGACCUGGAAGAUUUCGUACCACCUGUGCCCCCUCCCUCAUAUUUUGCUACAUUUUAUUCCUGCACACCCCGUAUGAAUCGCAGGAUGGUAGGCUCUGAUGUUAUUCCACUUCCACACAUCUAUGGAGCUCGGAUUAAAGGCGUGGAAGUUUUCUGUCCUCUGGAUCCACCCCCUCCUUAUGAAUCUGUAGUGAGCCAAAUCAAUCAGGAACAGGGGACUUCAUUCCACAUUCCAGAGGCAUCCGAAGCUGUGGCCGGCCCAGUGGACCCAGGCAGUGCACAGGUGUCUCAAGGUGGAGACAUUCCUAACACAUCGGAGGAAGACAGCCCAUCCCUGUCAACUCCUGAUUCAAACCUAGCGCAUCUUCCAUUGAGCAGAAGAGCCUUGCAGCCCUUGAGAGCAAGAUCAAAAAGUGACCCUGUCCUCCAUCACUCAACAGCCAGAGGACCUGUGCUUAGCUGUGAAGCUGCCACUCAGACUGAAGUGAGACCCCAGCUGGCUCCAGUGACCUUGAGAAAGGGCCUUCAAGCCAGAGCUGUUCGAGCCAGACCUCGCUCUUUGGUAGACUACAAAUCUUACAUAGACACGAAGCUGCUGGUGGCAAAGUUCCUGGAGCAGUCAUCCUGUAGUAUGACCCCAGACAUACACGAACUAGUGGAGAACAUCAAGUCUGUCCUCAAGUCUGAUGAAGAGCACAUGGAGGAAGCCAUCACAAGUGCCAGUUUCCUUGAACAGAUAAUGACUCCUGCUCAGCCAAGUACAUCCAGGACACAGAUGUUGCCCUAUAGAAGACACCCUGGACUCCUUCAUCUGGAGAGUUGUGGAGAUUUGAGCACUUUCGUGUCAGCAGAAAAACAGAGAGUGGAGAGAAGGGUCCCAAGAACGGACCCAGAGAGGCCACAUAGCCUUAUUGGAGUUGUAAGAGAAACUGUGCUCUGAGCUAGCCCUUGUGGGUCCCUUGUGGUCAGAGCUCCUUUGAGAAGUCAAUGAGCUGGGAAAGAAAAUCAUGACUGGAAAGCCCUGUCUCAUCAUGCGGCAUGUGUCUCUAUGUAUGCUAUUUUGUUGUUUAAGGCUGAUGUAGGAGAAAGGCUUUUGUUCUACUAGUCUUUGCUGUACCGUGUUAUGCCCAAGGAGUGUGGGAUCUAUACCACAGGGAAUGUUUAUUUCUCAACUACUGGCUUUACCACCAAGGACAUUCAGGGGACAAUGAGUAGAUCCCUCCAGACCUAUUGACGCUUUGGAUGCAUCGUUAUAAUUUGUGAGCUCAGCUCAGCUCCCCUUCCCUGGGCAUUCCAUAUGGUAGUUGAGUGUUCCAGGCCUUGGUAGGGAUGGGAUGUGGGGGUGGCGAUGCCUCAGCUGCCCCUGUGUCUGUCCUGUGGAAGGACAUAAUCUGUUUGGAGGCUAUUUAUAGCUGCCUGUGGCCUCUCGCUGCUCAGUGAGAAUGUGAGUUGGCAUAUAAGUAGGAUGAUCAAAUAGCCCUGCUGUUAUUGAAAUGUUAAAGCCUAAGUUUAGGGCAAUUCUCAAAGCAUUUUCUCUAGGGAAAACGGGAAGCACUUGUAACAACCAGCAACUUUUUAGCUAAGUAUUUUGGAGGAGCAAUCAUUGGUUCCAUUUACUCACACUUGCAAGACUAGAGGCAAUAACUCCAGAAUCAAGAAUAAAAUCAUCACUUUUUACAUCUGG